AUGGUUUCUUCCUUCAUUUCGGCAACUGGAGUAUGGCUACUUCCACUGAUCGUGUACCUUGGAAAGGUCAUAGCUGCACCGCCUGAUAAUGUCUCGACCCCGAUUGUUAAACUCGACUAUGGGUCCUUUCAAGGAAGAGUAACCGGGAAGCUCGAGAUGUUUCUUGGCAUGCCGUUCGCAGCACCCCCGAUUGGAAACCUUCGCUUUGCACCGCCCGAGCCUCCAAUUCCUUUUCAAGGCGUUCGCCAGGCAACGAAUUUUGGUUCUGCAUGCUUCCAGCAAAUGCAGCCACCAAACAACCACUCUGCGUCUUCUAGCUCGCUUUCUGUAUCAGAGGACUGUCUUUUUAUCAAUGUGGUUAAACCUGCACAGAUCCCUCCCAACAAAGCACUGCCCGUUUUAUUCUGGAUAUACGGAGGUGGAUUUCAAGUUGGGGACACGUCGCUUCGUCCAGGGGAUACUGUAGUCUCGCGUUCAAUUGCCUUAGGCGAGCCAGUGAUAUAUGUAUCGGCAAAUUACCGCCUCAGUGCCCUUGGCUGGCUGGCUGGGAGAGAAGUCAAGGAAGCUGGGAUUGGAAAUGCAGGGCUAAGAGAUCAGCGCUUUGCCAUGCAAUGGGUACAGGAUCACAUAAAAGAUUUCGGAGUUGAUAACCUGGAUAUUGUGGAAUUUUACAGUUGGGGUGAAAGCGCGGGUGCUAUCUCUGUGGGCGCACACUUGGUUGUAAAUGACGGUAAUCCUGCCGGACUAUUCCACGGAGCAGUAAUGCAAUCGGGAUCUCCACUUCCUACUGUGGACAUGACUACCAAGCAACCCGUCUUUGAACAGCUUUUAGCUAACACCCGGUGUACAGGGUCCGCUAAUCCAAUUGCAUGCCUGAGAGCAGUCCCAUUCGACAUGUUAGGGGAAGCUAUGAAUUUAUCCGACAGUUUAUCCUCAUUUUCAAGCCUUAUCAUCCCGUGGCAACCCACCGUAGAUGGCGAUUUUAUCAAGAGAGAUCCACAAGUCUCUAUUCAGAAAGGUUUAUACGCAAAGGUUCCAUUUAUUACAGGGGAUUGUGACGACGAAGGAACGCUAUUCUCUCAGUCCAACACAAACAUCACUACCAACGAAGAAUUCUUGUCUUAUAUGAAAAACAUCUAUUUCCGAGGUCUGGUAUCCGAGGAACAGUUGGCCGAAGUCGCCGCAGCAUAUCCUGAAGACAUCACCUUGGGAUCCCCAUUCGAUACUGGAACUGCCAACGCAAUCACGCCAGAGUACAAGCGCCUGGCGUCAGUUUCAGGUGACCUGUUCUUCCAAGCUCCCCGCCGGUUCUUCUUGCAGGCCGCGUCAAAGACCCAGCCAACCUUUGCAUUCUUAUUCAAACGUGGAAAAUCCACCCCCGAUAUAGGAGCGGCCCAUGCAAGCGAUCUUCCAGAGUUUUAUGGAACAGGAACAGACCCCGACUUCAUUGGCACAGAUGGACUAGUCAAUUUCGCGAACACAGGGAACCCAUCGCUUCCCAAAAACCCUAUUAGCCUCCUCUCCGCCGUUGACUGGAAACCCUGGAGCUCCUCCCCGACCAAUCCCCCAAUUUUGACGUUCCUGGACCCGGCUCCUGCAAUUUCGAUUACAUCCGAUACAUUCAGAGAAAAAGCGAUGAAUUUAUUGUCGCAAAUCUCUCUGGAACUCUACUCAAGCGCCGGACAAUGA